AUGUCGUUUCCUGAUAAACAACAACGUGAAGCUUGUUGGGGUAGUAAAGAUCGUUAUUGGGAAUGUCUCGAUACUCAAAAAGGUUCCGAAGAAAUGUGUAAAGAAUUUAGAAAACUCUACGAAUCAUCGUGUCCUGCACAGUGGGUUAAACACUUUGAUCGAAAAAGGAAUUACCUACAAUUUAAGGAGCGAAUUGAAAAGGAUGGGUAUGAACCAUUAGAACAACUUAAAUCAUAA